AUGCUCCGCAAGAGGUCGGCGACGCUUCUCUCGCGGCGAUGGUCGAGCACCAGUGCGGCCCCAGCCGGGUGGCUCACUUCGUGGAGCACGGAGGUCCAAAACUGGAUUUCGAUGGAGUUGGAGAAGGGAGGGCAGGUCCACGAGCGGCCGUCGGGCGUCUGCCCCUCACACGCCCCGCAUUGCCGCAGCCCUGGCAGGCCCAACCAGGCGCCUAAUGCCCGCGUACUGGACCCCAAGAGACACAUUCGGCACUUCGUCACCUGGGGCUACUCCGCCGCCACCCAGCGCAUCCUCUUCCCCGACAUUGCCCUCAUCUUCUCCUCUUCAGCCGCAUUGUGCACCUACAACUGCUUUGCGGAGCUUCCAUUGUACAUGCCGCCCGAGCCGAUCGUGCUCCCAUCUGUGGCGCUCGGCCUCCUCGUCACGUUCCGCACCAACACGACGGUCUCGCGCUACAACGAGGCGCGCUGCUUGUGGGGCGAGAUCGUCAACACCUCGCGCGACAUCACGCGCAUUGCCCUCCAGUGGCUGCCGCAGAGCAAGGACGACAAGUUUGGCAAGGCGCAGGCCGCGAAGGUGUGCCGCAUGACCAAGGCGUUCAACAUCGUGCUAAAGUACCACCUCACGAUCGACGGCGGUAACCCGGACGACCGCGUCUCGCGCACUGACCCCGAACUGCCGUCCAAGGUCAAGGAGGAGCUGCGCAAGGAGCUGAGCAUGGUUUGCUUCAGCCCGUCCGACCCGGUGCAGGCGCGGGAGCUGGAGGAUUGUCUCAGCUCCUCGCACCGGCCGCUGUGGACGAUCCAACAGAUGUGCAAUGCCUCCCACGCUGGCAUCUGGGCGCGUUGCGGCGACCGCCCCGACCGCGCCAUCCGCGACGGGCAGCUCCUCGAGCGGCACUUCCAGCGCCUCUGCGGCGCGAUGGGCGCCUGCGAGCGCAUCCACCGCACGCCCAUCCCCACCGCCUUCACGCGGCACUGUUCGCGCUUCCUGAUGGUCUGGUGCAACGCGAUGCCGUUUGUGCUCUGGCCAAUCGUCGGCACUGCGACGCCGCUGGCGGCGACGUUCGUGGCAUGGGCCAUGCUUGGCACCGAGGACAUUGGCGUGCAGGUGGAGGAGCCGUUUGACGUGCUGCCGCUCUUCCAGUACUGCCAGGGCAUCGCCGCGACGUGCGACGGGAUGGUGAAGGAUGCGCACAACGACCACAUCACUCUCUCCAAGGAUCUCGAGGUCGAGCGCACCGGCCCGCAGAUCCUCGUCGAGGACAUGGGGGCGCUGGAGGCGAGCUUCAACAUGCGGAAUGCGGCGCAGAAGCUUUGA